CCACGUUCUCCAUCAAGCGAUCGUCAACUAUUACAGCUGGUAAUCAUGGUUUCCAAAGUGGCUCUUCUCCUCGCCGUCCUGGUCUGCAACCAGUACCUGGUCCAGGGCGUCUACGUCGUCUCCAAGGCGGAGUGGGGUGGUCGCGGCGCCAAGUGGACCGUGGGCCUGGGCAACUACCUGAGCUACGCCAUCAUCCACCACACCGCCGGCUCCUACUGCGAGACCCGUGCCCAGUGCAACGCCGUGCUGCAGGGCGUCCAGAACUACCACAUGGACUCCCUGGGCUGGCCCGACAUCGGCUACAACUUCCUGAUCGGCGGAGACGGCAACGUCUACGAGGGCCGUGGCUGGAACAACAUGGGCGCCCACGCCGCCGAGUGGAACCCCUACAGCAUUGGCAUCAGCUUCCUGGGCAACUACAACUGGGACACCCUGGAGCCGAACAUGAUCUCCGCCGCCCAGCAGCUGCUCAACGACGCGGUCAACCGUGGCCAGCUCAGCUCCGGCUACAUCCUGUACGGCCAUCGACAGGUCAGCGCCACCGAGUGCCCCGGCACCCACAUCUGGAACGAGAUCCGGGGCUGGUCCCACUGGUCUGGUUAGUUUGCAUCCUCAUAAGAUAAUUCAAAUUGUUAGUAAAAAUCAUUCCAAAUUCGAUUCUUUGGGUGAUCCGCGGAGAUUGAUUCGAGUACAGCCUUCUAAGUGACAGGGGAAAUACAUUUGGAAACUCCUGCUCCCAUUAUCCCUCUUCGUUUUGCAGUCGAGUCUCACGUUCAAGCUGUCAAAGAAUUUAUUCCCCCCAUUUCACGAAAAGUUUUGAAAUUUAUAGAAGCUGGAGGAUGUGUGACUGGCAAACUUGCAGAAUAUCAUUAGGUCGGGUCGUUCAGACUGUUGUGCUGCACU